CCAAGAUGGCAACGUCGUGAUCGCCGUUUCGAGGAGAAGCGGGAUUUUUCGGCGAGUGUUGUUUUAAGAGUUAUCACGACGUGAUAAGUGUGAACGAAUCUGUCCUUUUGCGGAUACCGUCAACACUGUGCUGUCCGGCAAAUCUAUUAGUGUAUAAUCAUCAUCGGCAUCGUGUGAGCCACGGAAUCAUGUCUGACGAGAAGAAGGAAACGAAAGCGGAAUCGGAGCACAUAAAUUUGAAGGUGCUGGGUCAGGACAACGCGGUAGUACAGUUUAAAAUUAAGAAACACACACCUCUCCGAAAAUUGAUGAACGCGUACUGCGAUCGUGUAGGUCUGGCAAUAGCAGCAGUAAGAUUUAGAUUCGACGGGCAGCCCAUUAACGAAUUAGAUACACCAACAACAUUAGAGAUGGAGGAAGGAGACACAAUAGAGGUAUAUCAACAGCAGACAGGAGGUCGUGAAAUAAGAGCUUACGUUAUUGCUGAGAAGAAAAUAAAGCGACAGGUAUUGUAAGUUAUAUAAGGAAGUAACAUUUUCACCAUUUUAUCAUCUUGAAACGUCGAAAUUUCUUACGCAUGAUUUUCACGCGACUCAGCAAUGUAACCAUACAGAUUUCAUAAUAAAUUCUCAUUUUUAGAUA